CCGGCCUUGUGAUUGAAAUGUCUAGCAGCUGAGUUGGAUCGAAUUUGGUUUCAUUUUUCUUCAUUCGACCACUGCGACGAAGGAGCACAUAAAGAGAUAAGCAAUUUAGCAACAUUCAGCAUAUUCAGGAGCACCCGGAAGCAACGAGCAACGCCGAAUGUCUCGAUGAUCGUGGCGGAAGAAAGGAAGGCAUCUCGUUGCUACUGUAGCUGACCGGGAGCGAGAGGAGAGCAGCAAGCGGUGUACCGAGGGGCAUCGUUUCAGUGGCACGGAACUGGAACCGGACGGAUAGCAGCGAUGUUCUUUCGCGGUGGGCUCAGCAUUCGGCGCAAUCUAUAUACGCGUGUCGCGUUGCUGCUGGUGCUCGGGCUGUUCGUGUUGUUCUAUUUCAAAAACCUAAACGGUUCGCCCAACUCCCUCGGGAGUUCCCUCGAGCAGGCGAAACCGUUGCCACAGAUUGCGCACGAUGUAAACGGGUUGGAGUUGCUGGCGGCUGCUGAAGCGGCGGCCAGUGGUACCGUGAACAAGGGCAACCUACUGCCCGCACAGACGGGCGAUGCGCUGUUCGAGCGCCUGGUGUUGGCUGACCUUGCCAAGCAGCGGCCCGGGCUCGGUAACAACGGCGAGGGCGUAGAGCUGACCGGCGAUGCGAAGGAAAUUGGCGAAAAGCAGUUGGCCACGAUCGCACUAAACGAGGAGCUGAGUGAACAUUUAAGCUACAACCGCACGCCACCGGACGGGCGUCAUCCGUCCUGCAAGCGGAAACACUACGACCUGACCAGCCUACCGUCGACGAGCGUCAUCAUCAUCUUCUACAACGAGCCCUACUCGGUGCUGCUGCGUACAGUGCACAGCGUGCUAAAUACGGCCGACGGCCGGCUUCUGCGUGAGAUCAUUCUGGUCGACGAUGGUAGCACCAACGUGGAGUUGAAGGGAAAGCUCGAUUACUACGUCCGAACCCGGCUCCCGGCGAAGGUGAAGGUGCUCCGGCAACGGCAACGGGUCGGAUUGAUACGGGCACGGUUGGCUGGAGCCCGGUUGGCUAAAGCCGAUGUACUAGUCUUCCUGGAUGCACACUGUGAGUGCAUGGUGCAGUGGCUGGAACCAUUGCUCGAGCGGAUCAAGGAGUCGCCGACGAGUGUCCUGGUGCCGAUCAUUGAUGUGAUCGAGGCGAAAAACUUCUACUACAGCACGAAUGAUUAUAACGAUUUUCAGAUCGGUGGAUUCACCUGGGAUGGACACUUUGACUGGCAUGAUGUGACGAAGCGAGAACGGACACGGCAGAAGCACGAAUGUCCGGAGAAGGAUCUGGAGAUCUGUCCCACGUAUAGUCCGACGAUGGCGGGUGGUUUGUUUGCGAUUUCACGCGACUAUUUCUGGGACAUUGGCAGUUACGAUGAGCAGAUGGAUGGUUGGGGUGGCGAAAAUCUCGAAAUGUCAUUCCGUGUGUGGCAGUGCGGUGGUACCCUGGAGACCAUUCCAUGCUCCCGUAUUGGCCACAUAUUCCGAGACUUUCAUCCUUAUUCUUUCCCGAAUGAUCGUGAUACGCACGGUAUCAACACGGUACGGAUGGCGAUCGUUUGGAUGGAUGAUUAUGUAGAGCUGCUGUAUCUAAAUCGGCCCGAUCUGAGAGAUCAUCCAGAACUGGGCGACGUUACACACCGGAAAGUGUUACGGGAAAAGCUACACUGCAAAAGCUUCGAUUGGUACAUGAAAAACGUGUAUCCGGAGAAGUUUAUCCCAACGCGGAAUGUGCUUGCGUUCGGUCGGUUAGCAUCGCAAGCGGACAAUCUCUGUCUCGAUACGCUGCAGCAAAAUGCGGAAAAACCGUGGAACCUGGGCAUCUACACCUGCUUCAAGCCGGAAGUAUCGGCGUCACAAUUGUUUUCGUUAACGAAACGUAGCGUACUGCGAAACGAGCGCAGCUGUGCAACGGUGCAGGCCAGCAAAUCAGAGUCGAAGUUUGUGGUGAUGAUACCGUGUAUCGACGACGAUGAUAUCGACGAUACGUGGGAGUUUACCGAGCAUCGGCAGCUGCGCCAUAAACAGUCCGGACUGUGUUUGGAUAGCAGUGAUCUAUCGACGAAAAGUUACGUCCAUGUGGCGACGUGUCACCCGGGAAUCAAAACACAAAAGUGGGAAUUUCAGCAACAGUAGAGCGAUGAUGCGAAUGAUGUGUGGACAUGUACAUUCAAACAGCGCACAAAGUUCGGAGCAGUGCGGUAAAGUGAAGCUACAAGCUGCGGAUAGGAGUGCUUAGUAAACGGAAGUAUAGUUGUUCAUUCUAGAAUGUUUGUGUGCGAUACGGGAGGAUGCGAUGGUCAGGAUCGGGUUAGGUUACUUGUUAGCGUCCGGAUGUAUGUUUUUUUUUGUUUAUGCAUAUGUGUACUCCUCUCGAGAUCUUCAACCUAUAUUACUAUCCUCAAAAUAGUACUCCUACCACUGACUAACAUAAACUACUACUCUCUACCGUUUAGAGUACUUCGACUGGAAGCAAAACAAUAAUACCUCGUUAAGGUUGAUAACGUAAAAACCAAGCUUAUCUCCUCCAUAGGCUAUGUACGUUAGAUCGCAAAACAGAACAGAUAUCAGAGGGCUUAGUUAAUACAAUGGGAUAAACAGGAAAGGGUAUUAAAAGUAUAGGACAUUAUUCCCGAAUGAGUUAGGCUGUAAAUGAGGGAGGGAUAGAACAGAUAUUGCAAUUAGACGUUUAAAAGGUGCAUACAAACAUCACUACGUUGUUAGCAAUGGAGUUGUAGUAGGAAAGGAUCGAAAGUAGCCUGCGAGUAGGCCAAACUAAACUAAAUGUGCGAAAUGUAUAGCUUUCCAAUUAGCUUGGGUGGAAUUGAAGGAGAAUGAUAAAUCGAAAUGGACCUUUGUUCCAGAGGACCAACGUAUUGGCCUAACGAUGCAGAUAAUGCGGAAAUUAUUUUGUAAGACUUAUUUCGACAGCUAUUGCUUCCAAUGAACGUUUUUAAAAUCUGCCGAAUCGUAUUCGAAGUAAACAGAAUAUCGCUCAACCGUUAAAAGGAAAUCGUAAUACGAUUAUAAUCAUAGACUCGUCCGUUUACCAAGAACGUAAGAUGCUACAAACGAGCAAAAACAAUACAAAAUACCAUUCCUUCCGUGAAUUUACUCGCAGUUAAGACAAAAUGCAGCUCAAAAUUAGGCUUUUUUCGAGUAAGUUGAAAUUGUAAUGUUGUAGACUAUUUUUGACAAGGGGCACUUAGUUGUGAAGCGGAAAAUGAUUGUUUUUUAUUCGUAAUUUUUUACAUCACUCACAAGCGGUAGAUUGAUAUUUGCUAAACUGAUCGUUUACCGUGGGACAAAAGUGCAUCACUGAUAUGUAAUGAACCAUCACAAGACGUAUUUUAUUUGAUAAUAACAGUGGAAAUGAACAAAGGAAUUGGGAAGGACAGCGUAUGAAGAGGUAAUAGAUACUUACGCGAAUGAGUCCCGCACAUUUUGGCUGCUGUACAAGUAACGGUUAGAAACACGGUAGCACACUUCUUAAAUCCAAGAUACCAUAUAUCCGGCAGUCGGAUAGUAAAGGGAAUGCAAGAAAUAGAACUCAAAAGUGCCACAGAACUUAACGUUAAAAAUAGUGCCACGGUAUUAAACGAAUACCGCGAAUGAACAGCCGAAUAAUGAAGAGACUAACCGAACGGACUAUGAAGGAAGUAGAGAUAUUUAUGUGUAUUAUUGAGGAGAGUGUGCUAGCUUACUUAAGUUUUGCCAACACGCGCCAUCACCAAAUGCCAAAUGUGCUUUUCCAUGCAUCGAUGCGCACCCAUAAAAACUGCUUAGCAACGAGAAACGAGAAAAAGCUGCUAGGAGAAAGAUGAAGAUUAAUUGAAAUGUUUACCAUCAGCAUGUUCGUCGGUAGGAAUUGUUUAAGUGAAUCAGGACUAUGUCGAACGCUCUGCUCAAUAUUUUUCUCCUCGAUCUGUGGACGGUAUGGUUUUUCCUAUUGAGUGAAAAUAUCAGGCAUCAUCACGUUAAUUAGCCACACGGUAAGGAAGUGAGAUAAAUUUGUGAAAAUUGUACAAUGCGAAAAGUGGUAAAAAUGCUUGCCACACGACUGGCACAGAAAGCAGACUGUUGUAAAGGAAUGAGAGAAAAAAAUUGUUACAAUAAACUA